AUGCCGGUGACCGAAAUUGCUCACAUCACCCUCCGGGACUCGUCUCUUCCCCUGGAGCUUUUUGCGAGUGCUGCCCGCAAGGCUCUCCCCAUACAAGACGGAUGGUUCGAAAAGAACAGUACCACGGCAAACCUACAGCCCACAGCUUCCUCGGCCGAGGAAAGAGGUGCCGCGUUCUUCCAGCAGACCCAAGACCCCAGGAAGAUCCUCAUCACCGCGCACUGGGCCUCGGUGGAACAGCACCACACCUGGAUCGCCUCGGCCGAGAACAAGAGCGCGUUCGGCUCGCUGCUCGACUUUAUCGAUCUCACCGACAUAGACUACUUCCACGUCGCCGACGUCGAGGCCUUUUCCCCGUCGCUCUUGAGGGAUGUCCAUAAUGUCGAAGGGGUCUCUGGAAGCUUGCUGAGGAUUCGGCGUUUCGUGGUCGCCAAGGAGGACAAGGGUUUCUUCGAGGAGCUGGCCAAAUCUCACCUCGCCACGAGCGACGGUGAACGUCGUGGCGGCUGGAGAAUCGAGGAAGACCCAGAACAGCCAGAGGACCGCGCGCAGUUCGUCAUAGUCGACUCAUGCGGACAAGGGCAGGGAGAAGAAGAAGAAGAGGCAGACAUUGCGAACGCCACUUUGGGAACAUCUGGCGGAGCCGCAUCUGACUUGGCAAAAGUAAUCCUGAAUGCCUCUACAAGACACUACCAAAGACUUUGCUAG